AAGAACGUCACCACAUUAGCCAAAUUCAUCGAAGGUGCUUGAAGGCCCAUAGCACCUUUAGUGCCUAGCUUGCUAUUCCAUCCGAAACCGUGGGGGUAAGUGUGGACGUAAGAGUUUAGAAAAUAUUACAAAUUUACUCAGCCAUGUCAAAACACAGACAUCAAUUCAAAGAGCUGAAUACAGGAUUAGCGUUAUUGUAUUGUGUUGACACUCAUGCCUCGUCCUAAACAAAGUUUAGCUGUCUAGCUAGCUAGCUAACGUUUGAUAGCUUGUUAACAUAGUCACAGGACGUUGGUUCCCAGUGGCGCGAGCUAGAGAUAUCAACUUGUUUUGUUCGAGCUGCAACUUCAGUGUAUCAUGGUCAUGCAGAGUUGUAAAUGCAACACUUUUGUUUUGGUACAUUUUCGUAAAAACAAAUUAUUAGCUACUGGACCAUGUGUAACGCGAAGCCUCAUGAAAAAGUGCUGUAGCUCGCUAAAUAUGGGGGUAGGCGGGUUGACUGGACUUCCCAUUGGAUUGCACAUGUGCUGAAACUAUAGCACGCUAUAACUGCAGCAAUACGGUGUGUACAGUUGGACCACUUCCAUUAGGCUACAGUAGGCAGGUUUCCAUUGGCCAAGGUUUUUUCGACAAAUGCAAUGUCGCAAAUAAAGUCAUUGCAACAUGUAAUGGAAACGGUAAAUAUAAUGGACAUUUUCUAAAGGUCGACAACAUUUGUAUUCGUAUGACGGGGGGAGUUUUCUUUAAUCUAAAUUUGUGUAUUGGGGGGGGGGGGGGCUCAAGUUGUUAUAAAAAUUGUCUGAUUUCCUUAUAUUAACUGUAACUCAGUAAAAUCGUAAAAAAAUUUGCAUGUUGCGUUUAUAUUUUUGUUCAGUAUAUUUUAUACGCAAACUUUAUAAUUGUCGACAAAAAAAGACACGAUGACGUGUUCCUGCGCAUGAGUUUAGCUAGCCAAGGUCGCCAUGACAUCACCUAAAAGCGUCAUCUCGGAUUUCUAUUGGAAAAGCAGUUUCUGCCUGUCUUGCAUACUAGGCUUCAUCAUUGUUUUUCAACCUGGAUUCUGGGGUAGACAUAGUAAAUGUAAAUGUGUCUCCUUCUCUUUGGUAGGAUAUGUUUCGUAAGGGAAGGGAAUUCAUUUGUGGAUGUCUGUCAUCCAUUUCGCAUUAUAUGUUACGAAUUACAACUCGUAUAUGUAAUUUGUAAUACGUAUAUGUUACGAAUUACAAUUUAUUGUGGCUAACUUUAGUAAGGUGGCUAAUGUUAGUUAGAUGGCUAACAUUAGUUGGGGGUUAAAGUUAGGGUUAAGUUUAGGAGUUAGGUUUAGGGGAAGGUUUAGCUAACAUGCUAAGUAGUUGCAAAGUCGCUAAAAAGUAGUAAGUGUUUCCUAAAAUACUAAAUUUGUCGGUGAUGAGAUUCGAACGCUCAACUUUUGGGUUUCCAGACGUUCGCGUUAUGCGCCUACCCAUCCACCCUGACCAACCAACCUCCUUUCGUGUUUGCCUUAAGUAACUUUCUGUCUAUUUAACCAUGCCAAACGUCACAUAUUACACUAAUUUGAGUGUCCUGGAUUUAUUUUUACUAUGUUACGCCUAGUCUGAGACCAGGCUGGUUUUUCGGCCUCUCUCCACCAUGUCAAAAACAAAACGCAUUCAAAUUGCUUUCCUAGUGUCAAGACAGUCAUGUCAACCAAGCAUCAAUAACUGAAUAAUAUGUGAAUUACUCAAGUAGUUAACACUAAUAGGACAUGGUGUCUGUAGUCACUUUUGGCAGGUAUUGUUGUGAAGCCGCAUCACACCAGCAGCACCACUUGUGGCUUCUUGAUUGAUGAUUGAUACUGUCUUUUGAUGAUUAAUACUUGUCAAAAGUAGUGCACUAUAAAGGGAAAAGGGUGCAAUUUGGGACAGAAACACUGCCAAUUGUUAACAUGUUCAUCUUGUCCUCUUGUUAUUUCAGCAUAUAAUCACUAACACAGAGAACAGACCGCUAUGGCAGAACCAGAUGUACAAUUUAAGGUGAGUCUUUGACUGUGUCUCAUUGCACCCUACUCCCUAUAUAGUGCACUACUUUUGUCCAGGGCCCAUAGGGCUCUGGUCAAAAGUAGUGUACUAGACCUAUAUAGGUGUCGUUUGGGAUACACCCUUUGGGUUGGAAUUGUUCCUUUGUCUAGCACUAACCAGUACUACAUUGGUGUUUAGUUGCUAUUCCUUUUGACCAAUGUGUUAUUUAAUUACUAUCCAUGUUUCAGCUAGUGUUGUGCGGUGAUGGAGGCACAGGAAAAACUACCUUCGUGAAGAGGCAUUUAACGGGAGAGUUUGAGAAGAAAUACGUUGGUGAGUUUCUUAGUCCCGAUAGUCUUCUCUCAGCUUUACAUACCUCUUCUUCGUCUUCUGCUUAUUCUCCUUUAUAACCCCACCAAUCAAUAAUCAGUCUUAAUUCUCUCCAUAAGGAAAUUUAGUUUGCAGGCAAACUUUAUAAUUAUCUACAAAAAAAGACACGAUGACGUGUUUCUGGCAUGAGCUUAGCUAGCCAACGUCGCCAUGACAUCGCCUAAAAGCAUAAUCUGGGAUUUCUAUUGGAAAAGCAGUUUCUGCCUGUCUUAGAUACUAUGCUUCAUCAUUGUUUUUCAACCUGGACUCUGAGGUAGGAUCCCUUUGGUAGGAUAUGUUACAUUUUGUAAGGGAAGGAAAUUCAUUUCGCAUAUGUUACGAAUUAAAAUUCGUAUAUGUAAUUUGCAAAACGUAUAGGUUACGAAUUACAAUUUUUAUUGUGGCUAACUUUAGCUAGGUGGGUAGUGUGAUAAAAAAAAAAAACGCAAUCCAUAGAGUUUAAACCCUUCUAGAUCCCUGAACCAUGGCUGACCUGCCCCUCGCUCCCCCUUCUCCCCCUGUAGCGACUCUGGGGGUAGAGGUGCACCCCUUGGUCUUCCACACCACUCGAGGGACCAUCAAGUACAACGUCUGGGACACAGCCGGCCAGGAGAAGUUUGGGGGGCUCAGAGAUGGCUACUACAUACAGGGUACGUCACAGUUGUGUGGGUCACAUGUUUGUGUAUUGUAGUACAUGCAGAGUAGGUCAAAUCCUUUCCUCAGAUCUCUACACAAUCUUGCCCACAUUAUGAGCCCUCUGGUGCAAAAUGACUCGGAUGGGUACGGGCACCACAUUUAAUGAUUAUCUGAUACACUCGAUCACUCUCCCCCUUCCACUUUUCUCUCCCCUACCUCUCUCCAGCCCAGUGUGCGAUCAUCAUGUUCGACGUCACAUCUCGCGUCACAUACAAGAACGUGCCCAACUGGCACCGUGACCUGGUGCGCGUCUGCGAGAACAUACCCAUAGUCCUGUGCGGCAACAAGGUGGACAUCAAGGACAGGAAGGUCAAAGCCAAGAGCAUUGUGUUCCACCGCAAGAAGAACCUUCAGGUAACCGUGGCAACACCAGCCUGACGCACUUGUUUAGAUAGGAGUGGUAGUUGACAGGUAAAAAACACUGUCUGUACAAGUCUAUAUUCCUCAGCUGGAGUGCUGUGUUUCUCCCUUCCUGGUUCCUUUUUUAAUAGAUUUGAUCAGAUAUGCAGUACCAGUCAAAAGUUUGGACACACCUACUCAUUCAAGGGUGUUUUAUUUUUACUAUGUUCUACAUUGUAUAAUAAUAGUGAUGACAUCAAAACAAUGAAAUAACACACAUGGAAUCAUGUAGUAACCCAAAAAAGUGUUAAACAAAUCAAAAUAUAUUUGAGAUUCUUCAAAGUAGCCACCCUUUGCCUUGAUGACAGCUUUGCACACUCUUGGCAUUCUCUCAACCAGCUUCAUGAGGUGCAUUUCAAUUAACAGGUGUGCCUUCUUAAAAGUUAAUUUGUGGAAUUUCUUUUUGCGUUUGAGCCAAUCAGUUGUGUUGUGACAAGGUAGGGGUGGGGUAUACUGAAGAUGGCCCUAUUUGGUAAAAGACCAAGUCCAUAUUAUGGAACAGCUCAAAUAAGCAAGGAGAAACGACAAUCCAUCAUUACUUUAAGACAUGAAGGUCAGUCAAUCCGGAACAUUUCAAGAACUUUGAAAGUUUCUUCAAGUGCAGUCGCAAAAAACCAUCAAGCCAUAUGAUGAAACUGGCUCUCAUGAGGACCGCCACAGGAAUGGAAGACCCAGAGUUACCUCUGCUACAGAGGAUCAGUUCAUUAGAGUUACCAGCAUCAGAAAAUACAGCCCAAAUAAAUGCUUCACAGAGUUCAAGUAACAGACAUCUCAACAUCAUCUGUUCAGAGGAGACUGUGUAAAUCAGGCCUUCAUGGUCGAAUUGCUGCAAAGAAACCACUACUAAAGGACACCAAUAAGAAUAAGAGACUUGCUUGGGCCAAGAAACACAUUAGACCGGUGGAAAUCUGUCCUUUGGUCUGGUAGGUGAACGGAUGAUCUCUGCAUGUGUGGUUCCCACCGUGAAGCAUGGAGGUGUGGGGGUGCUGUCUGUGAUUUAUUUAGAAUUCAAGGCACACUUAACCAGCAUGGCUACCAGAGAAUUCUGCAGCGAUACGCCAUCCCAUCUGGUUUGUGCUUAGUGGGACUAUCAUUUGUUUUUCAACAGGACAAUGACCCAAAACACACCUCCAGGCUGUGUACGGGCUAUUUGACCAAGGAGAGUGAUGGAGUGCUGCAUCAGAUGACCUGGCCUCCACAAUCACCUGACCUCAACCCGCGGAGUGAAGGAAAAGUAGCCAAUAAGUGCUCAGCAUAUGUGGGAACUCCUUUAAGACUGUUGGAAAAGCAUUCCAGGUGACUACCUCAUGAAGCUGGUUGAGAGAAUGCCAAGAGUGUGCAAAGGCAAAGGGUGGCUACUUUGAAGAAUCUCAUAAAAUAUAUUUUGAUUUGUUUAUCACUUUUUUGGUUACUACAUGAUUCCAUAUGUGUUAUUUCAUAGUUUUAAUGUCUUCACUAUUUGUCUACAAUGUAGAAAAUAGUAAAAAUAAAGAAAAACCCUUGAAUGAGUAGGUGUCCAAACUUUUGACUGGUACUGUGUGUGAAUGAGAGCAAGCCUGGAUAGAUAAGACGAUACCUAGUUGACUGACUCUCUCUCCACCUCCCCAUCAGUACUACGACAUCUCAGCCAAGAGUAACUACAACUUUGAGAAGCCCUUCCUGUGGCUGGCCAGGAAGCUGGUAGGAGACCCCAACCUGGAGUUUGUGGAGAUGCCCGCCCUUGCCCCCCCGGAAGUCGUCAUGGAUGCCUCCCUGGCCGCGCAGUACGAGAACGACCUUAAAGUGAGUACACACACACGUGCAGAGAACGUACACACACAUGCAGGUGACACGCAUGCAGAACACACACAAAUGCAGAAGUCGCACACGCUAUACACCGUACACACACAGGCUGGGUCAGUGUUUUGAAGUGUUAUUUAUUUCAGGAACUUAAUUUUACAGGUGACAAAAAUAAUGAAUACUCUAUUUUUCCUCACCACUUCAGGUUGCCGCAGAAACUGCGCUCCCAGAUGAAGACGACGACCUUUAA